AUGCGUGUAUUGAAUUUCUCCUUCAUACUUGUAUUUUCUUAUAUUGCUACCUUUGUUAGCCUGGCCAACAUUCCAGGAUGUUUGCCUCCAUCAAGUAGCAGUGCAACCUCUGGAUUUACGGCUAAGUUUUAUUCUUACUCUUAUGGAGAUAUUACGAAUAUGGCAACAUUGGCUUAUGUACUGACUGGGUAUAAGUCAUCGAAUUUAAUUUCAACAGUAACUGGGGUUACUGAUAUUAACUUUGACAUAUGGGACGAUAUUUCCUACUAUCCUAUAGUUAGUGCCGCCUAUAUUUACGGUCAACCUAUAUCAUUUACCAACUUCACUUUAGAGUUAACUGGGUACUUCUAUGCAGAAACAUCUGGUACCUACAACUUCAGCUUGAUCUCAACUGAUGAUUCGGCUGCAGUAUUUUUAGGUGAUGGUCCUGCAUUUGAUUGUUGUAACUCUGCAGCAGCAACUCUUCCUUCUGAGUUCAUCAUGUUUAAUUCAAAGACAUAUUACGUUCCUGCUCCAACGUUAAGUGCAACAGUUCAGCUUGCAGCUGGUACUUAUUACCCUAUUAGAAUUGUUUAUACUAACGCUGAAGAAAGAGCCACAUUAAAUUUACAAGUGACUGAUCCAACCGGAAAUGUAGCGACAUCUUUUCCAAAUGUUUAUCUAAUUGCUGAUGAAUCUACUCUGUGUACCGCAGAUUCCGUGAGUUCCACUUAUUUUCAAAUGCCCACUUCAUACACUACCAUAUAUGCAGAUAUUUCUACAAAGACAACCACGACUUGGACAGACUCAAGCUUGGGGCAGGUAGUAGUUGAAGAAAUAGAUCCUUACUCAACAGCAACCGUUACUUCGACAUGGACAAGAUCAGAUAUAUCAACUACUACGGUUGCAGUUAAUGAUGGAAUCACUGCUACGGUUAUAGUUGAGGUCCCUGUACCUACUAGCACUAUAACUAGUACGUGGACUGGUACAGAUACCGAAACUACUACAGUAACUGCCACGGAAGGUGGUACUGCUACUGUCAUCGUCGAAGUUCCUACUCCUACUAAUACCAUUACUAGUACUUGGACCGGGACCGAUAUUGAGACUACUACCAUUAGUGCUUCUGAGGGUGGCACUGCCACUGUCGCAAUUGAAGUUCCUACUCCUACUGUUUCUAUAACUAGUACUUGGACAGGCACUGGUACCGAGACUACCACAUUGAUAGCUUCUGAAGGCGGCACUGUCACUGUAAUCGUCGAAGUUCCUAUUCCUACUCUUACUAUUACCAGUACUUGGACGGGUACUAGUACUGAUACUACUACAGUUAUUGCCUCAGAAGGUGGUACUGCUACCGUUAUCGUCGAAGUUCCUACUCCAGCGUCAAGUAGUUUCAGCAGCUCUCCUAGCUCAGUAUUUUCAAUUUCAAGCUCAGUAGUAUCUAGCUCAGCAGUCUCAAGCUCAGCAGUAUCUAGCUCAGCAGUAUCUAGCUCAGCAGUAUCUAGCUCAGCAGUCUCAAGCUCAGCACUAUCUAGCUCAGCAGUA